AUGGGUGAUGCUCUGUGUGGCCCCUCGAAUGCGCUUCAGAAUUUUCAGAAGCAUGCAUCCGUUGAUCGUACCCUUCAACAGGAUAGAUACGUCGCUCGACAGUCACCUUCUCAGGGUUUUCGGUCGCAGAACCCCAAUGAAGGUGUACUUGAUCCCGAAUUUGCUGCUUUUGAGUCCAAUCCAGUAGGGGCGCCCCUUCCCGGUAUACAACAUGCAGGCCCUUUCGUUACACCCGCUCCCCAUUUUCCGGUAUCAAGCCCGGCAGAGGCGUCCAGCUGGGCGACAGACUUCCAGAAAAUGCGCAUUUCAGGGCCUUCGCAUUCACUCCAUCAAAUACCGGGACCGUCUAUAGCGCCGAUGUCGGCCAUGUCACAACAAGGCUGGCAGAAUGAGUUCGCUAAGCAGCAGCAACAACAACAACAACAACCAUCUGUUCGGCAGCACCAACCGCAUGUCCAAGGGUUUCAACCUUCCUUUGCACCUCACUAUCCUAUGCAAGGGGUGCCAUUUUCCCCGGUGCAGGAGACAACAACCAGCCAGCAACCAUCGGCAGAAGCAUUCGAUGAAUCUGCAUUUGAAGCUGCGUUUGAGCAGGCGCGGACAGACAUGAUGUUGCAGGAAGCCGAGACCACACAAAUUCGUGCGGAAGAUAUUGGGGAAGAAGCUGAGCGAGCUUUUGCUGAAAACACUGAAGAGAGUGUAAAGAUUGGAUCGGACACUAUCCCCCAAACCCACAAGAAUGAUCCACAGGCACAGGUGAACGAUGCAGACGAGCUUGCUCGGACUGCGGGACAGUUGUUAGAUAGCGUCAAACACGACCAAAGCCAGAAGUUCAGAGAAAGUAACUUUCUUGCCUUGAUGCGCCGCAUUCGUGACCGUGAGGUUCACAUCGAGGGCGAUGAAUUUCGCGAAGUCAGUACCAGCAGUCCGUGA